GAAGCUGAUAAGUUGCGAAAGAGAAAACAAGAAAGCGAAGAAACGAAUCAAGAAUUAAGGCUAGCGAGGGAGCAGUUACAAACCACGCACGCAGAACUGAUUGAAGCUCGAAGAGAUCUCUUGAAAUACCAAUCAAGAGAACAAGAACUCAUUCACGAGCUGGACGAUGCACACACUCUAUUAAACGCAAAAGAACACGACUGCACUCGCCUUGCAAAGGAUCUUGGGGCAUCUCAAGUGCGCGAGGCUGAAGCGGAAGCACGAUGUGUUCAGGAAAUGAGAAAGACGCAGCAACAACACGAAAUUAAGCAGGUUUCUCAAGAGCAUGAGUUAAAACGACURCAAGAAAGCCAUGCYAAGUUAUUAUCCCAAAGAGAAGAACUACAAGCAGAGAAAAACUUAGCCAUCAAUAAACUCAAAGACACAAACCAACAGCUWACUCGCGAACUGGCGGAUUACAAAGACGCUAACUCGCACCUGUCACAAGAGACCAAGCAACUAACGAACCAACUGACUGGCUACCAGGACGAACUGAAGAGUGUCAAUGAAAGUAUGGUGAUCAAAGAAGCCGAGAUCACAAGACUGGAGGCUAGAAUAUCAGGCUACGAACGGGCUAUGUUCGGCACCCGGCAACACUUCGAUCGCCUUGGUGCUAAUUCCCCUCGGCCAUCACCUGCAUUAAGAGCGCAUGUCCGACACGUGACCUCGCCACGUGCAYUGACCGACUUAAAGAAGAGCUCAUCUGAUCACAACYUGCACAACCUAUCAGAAAGCUCGGCCUAUAGUAUCCUAGAUACAGAUGACUUCAUCCAUUCUCUAGACCACGUGAUUGAACGGGGAAGAUCCCACACUCCUUUGGAAGUCCCCUCGCUAUUGACCAGAAGACAGGACUUGUCUUCGACUAAGACUAGCCAGACGGCAGCCAAAUACGAAAAAGAUAAUUUGGAUGCGGUACCUGAGUCAGAUCUUGACCCCAGUCAAUGUCGUGCAAGUCUAAAGGAAAAAUUACGAGCCAGCGAAGAACGACGGAAACAAAUCGACAAACAGCUCCACACCAUGAAAUCAUCGAUAUCGUAGCUAUUAACUAUAUACAGCAAAUUGAAGAGAUGUUGUCACAGUCGAAAGGUAGAUUAAACUACACGUAGUGAUGCAUGGGAUAUCGGUAAAAGCACUUGAAAUAGUCGGCUCUGUCUUGUUUUAACGACAUCUAAGUGUUCUUUGUAAAGGGAAUUAUUUUCAAUAACUUCGAUAUAGUAAUGAAGUGUCUGUAAUUCUGUUUGUCCUCAAUCGAAGAAUAGUUGACAAUAGUUGAGUAGACAAAGAAUGCCAUUCAAAUGAAGGCUAUCUCCAUUCCAUCGCAUCGUUUCAAACAUAUUUAGCGAAAUAUUUAAUAUUAUGGUUUAUCUUUUGAAAGUUGCAACAUUUCUUCAGUUUUGUUUAACAC